UGUGAUGUCAUUCAGGAUGUCUUGACACGUGGGGGAAAUCAGAGAUGGGCGAUAACACUGGGAGCUAAUCUGAAAUGCUCUUUAAAGGCCACACACAUCGCUGACAGAGACGUGUGGGCAUGUGGGGAAAGUUUACAUAGACCCACAAAUACUCUGCAGUCUGUACCGAGUCCAUUUUGUCAGUGCCCAUGUUUGAUUUUCCUCUUACAAACUCGUCAAAUGACAGAACAAGUCUUCACACAUCUGUUUAAUGAGCAGCGCUAGCAGCCGGCGGACAGAGCCAGGAUCUCGCCAUGGCCACGACGCGCUUCCCCGGGAAGAGUGCGGACGUGGCCGCCGCCAACUGGACAGCUCCGGCGCUGGGCCGGCCAGUGUGCGUCAACGGGACGCCGUGGAUCCUGUACCUGCUGGAGGAGUGUGUGGAUAAUGUGUGGGAGUACUGCAGCGUGGUGAUAGGACUCAUAUCCAUGUUCUGUUUUCUGUUGUCCACUUUUCCGCAGGUCUACGAGGCCUAUCGGAACGGUAAAGUGGAGGAGGCCAUGUCUUUUGGCUUUCUUUUCUUCCUCUUCAGUGGAGACUUGACCAGCUUUGCAGGCUGCUACCUCACCAGCCAGCUGCCCAUUCAGGUAGUCACAGUAGUGUUCUACAUCUUCACAGACCUGAUACUCAUCUCUCAGUUUCUCUACUAUAAGAUCAAGAACAGCUCCAGCAGAAAAAGCCCUGUGUUGAAGUGGCUGUGCUUCAUGUGGUGUGGCGCUGCUACAUUAGUUCUCCUGGCUUUACCCAAACUCAUCAUAGACAAUAGUACAACUUUAGACACCCAGAGUCCAACUACCUCGAAAUCAGUGGAAAUCACUGGCUAUAUAUGUGGAUACCUGGCAUCUAUCUUCUACCUCAGCUCCCGUUUCCCCCAGCUCUAUAAAAAUUUCCAGCGACAGUCUACGGAGGGCACCUCUUACCUGUUGUUUGCCCUGGCCAUGAUGGGCAAUGGGACAUAUGGGUUGAGCGUCAUCGUGGUCCUGCCUGCACUGAGGGGCUCCAAACAGACCUUCAUCAUCAAACAUCUGGCCUGGCUCAUUGGCAGCCUGGGAGUCCUCAUACUUGACUUCUUUGUGACUGCCCAGUUCAUCAUGUACAGGAAAAACAACUCUGCUAAAAGUAGCUCACUACUCAGCGUCCCAGAGGUGGAGCCUCUGCUGUGUGAGGAAGUGGAACUGUCCGUGUUAUAGGACACAGAGUGGACACAACGUGGAAGUCAAGAAUGGACUGGUCAGUCUGCGGUUUUGUUUUUGAUCAUUCUGUGGGUUCUCAGUGGUCACUGAUUUACUCAUAACAGCUUCAGAGAACAGAGACAUUGCAGAAGCACUGUAGAAGCUACUAGCAGCCAUGUUAUGGGACCAGCAGGCAAUUGCAGUGCGCCUUUUAUGUUCUGAUUUUCUGCUGUUAAGAGGACAAACACCAUGAUCAACUCUUCUAUGGUUUACCAUUGUAAUAAAGCCACAGAAAAAAAAAACAGAUCAAUACGUUUGUCUGAAAUAGGUAAAUUAAGUACCACUUUAGAAACAUUUCCGUCUGUUUCUCUCUAGGCCGGCGAGUUAGCAUUACUGAAAUCUUAUUCUCAUUACGAGUCAUUUUUGAUAAAUGUUUUCACUGGGAUUUUUUGAUUUUUGUUUUGGAUGGAAUAACUGUAAUUUAAUUUGCAAUUGGGAACUGUACACACCCAGAAGAAGAAGCUUAAUCCCAGAUGUCUUUGCACAAAUGCAAGCAUUAUGGAAGAAUGAAGUGCCUGUUAUGUUUACGCAUUUAUGACAGGGUAAAUACUGCCGUAGAGGAUUGCAGUAUUAUAUCAGGAUGCAUAGUAUGGGAUUUAAGGUAAUUUUUCUUACCUGACUUGGUGUUUGCGUGCCAUAAAAUACAGAGUUUGUGUGAGCACAGUAAUAGGAACCAACAAACAAGUUUGUAUUUGAAGUUGGCUAACAGGAAAUUGUUGUGAGCAAAACAUUACAACACUAGACUCACAGUUCAUACAUGAUUAAAUAGACAGGAUGUGAACGUCUGCAGGGCCCAUCCCUCCACCUGAAAGAUGUUCAGUUGACUACAGGCGUAUAAUGGCCUCAUUUCUAUAUCAAACGGAUGUUGCAUUUCUCUGCUUUCUUGGUCCAAACUCUCUGCUCUCCUGGAGAAACACGUUAUUUGUGCCUUUUUAAACUAAACGCAGUCUUAAUAUAAAUGCACUGUAAAUCCAUUACAGAACUAAAUUAUUUUUAAAUUAAGUUAGAUUUCUAAACUGUUGACAGUGAUUUCUUGAAGGCACUGUUUUUCUUAAACUAUAGUGGGAGCUUUUCUCGUUUUUACCCUCUCCUUUCUUAAAAUAUGAUCUGCAUCCUCUUUUGUAAAAUUUCACGACAUUCAAAGAUAUUCGUUAAAGAAGACAUGACUGUUCGAUAAUAGAUUUUAAGAUAGAUCUGAGAAUAGGAGCAUUAGUAGGAUGUUAUUGAGAGACUUGUUAAAGUAAUGAGGUUCAGAAGGAGUUUGCACAUUUAAGAUGUCUUUCUAUUCUGUCAUCAGGUUUAAAGCAGAGGAGACUUGUCGAGUCAAAUGUAUUUUUAAAACACUUCCCUUAUUAGCUUCAUCACGGUCGCUCACAGAGUAACACAAAAGGAACAGAUGACGACAACAAAAACAAAACAGAACAAAUAGUCUUAUUGCUGAGUUCAGGUUAUCGGAUAUUCAUUUAGGUCAUUAGCAAAACUAACAGCUCAUCAGUGUUGUUACACAGCAUGUAUGUGGUGCUGUCACUGUUUAACCUGGUCAUCUGCAUAACUAAAGUACUGCACUUGCAGAGAUCUGCAGAUUUCUCUACCUCAUUAUAGUGUGGACAUGAUUCAUUUCUCCCAGUGGGCAUGAGGAGCUGGCUCGUAAUCGGAGCGCAACACUUCGUGUGUAGAAACAUGUCCGUCUCUACAUGAAGGGGAAAUUAAUCCAGCACACAUUUGAAAAUAUGAACAUUUAAGUUAGGAUGUAACAUUUACUUUGUAGCAUCUAAACUACUGUGUUUCAGAAAGUAAUGUAUUGAGUUGGUCAUUACUAUCACAUGAACAACAUGACUGGCUGUUUAUUUUCAAUUCAUAGCCAGUCAGGUGAUGCAAUAAUGUGGAGUUAUGUAGAUAUGGAGGGAUUUAUUUGCAAAUAUAUGCAAUUAGCGUACAAGUUGUUGCAAAUUAUUUUUGUAUUGCACGAUUCAUACUUUGAUCCCUUCUCAAUUAUUUCUAAAUGAGUCUGAUAUACUUUUUCAAUCUAUCACAAACAAGUACAUAUUUAUUGUAUAUAUUACUAAUGUAUACUGUACACAUACAUGUAGUAUUUAUAAGACUUUAGUUUUUACUUUAAUGGUGACACUAUUGCUAAGAUGUAUUUAUUUCUUUAAGCGUAACAUUCAUUUUUUUUCCCAGAUGCAUUUAACUGUACAUGGCCAGUUAUAUUGUGUAUGUAAAACCGCAGUAUGUAUGAUAUUAACUGUGUGUAUAUUGUACAAAACCUGAAUAAACUGCAAUACACAGUA